AUGGCUCAGGAGAGAACCCAGAAACAGAGAAGACAAGGCGAGCUUGUGUCUGACAGCCGAGCAGGAGCAGCAGGAGGUGGAGGACCAGGAGGAGGGCCGGACUCCUCCCAGCCCCGUUUCUCAUCCUCCCUCCCCACCUACCUCCCCGUCCAAUGCCAACUGAGUGGUGCUGACUCCGCCUUCUUCCUGCGGGAAGCCAAUCAGGAGGUUAUGCGAAACGGCAGCCUGUCGUCGCGGACGGAGCCCUUCUUUCUCCAACAGCUGGAACCGGGCAUCGCUGCCCCGCAGUCCCUGCCGAGCGUCAAUUGCAGUUACGGAAACGUGAGCAUUGAGCAGCCAAUCCCAGUGGAGCUGCUUCAGGGCCCGCCGCCGCAUGUGCUGCUGACGACCAACCAGGUGACACUGAACUGGAAGGUCAAAGGUCAAGUGGUGGUGCCCAAAGUAGGGUCAACACAGCCCUGGAUACAGAUACUGUUUUACUUAGUUGGGCGGCGUUGGGAUGAGCCUGACCCGCCUCCUCCAUCCCUCCUGCCAUGUGUCAGAGCCAUGGCCAUCCGGGACACCAGUGAAGCAGCACCCUCGGCUGGCUGCCGACUCAUGGGACCAUCUGGCAUCUGCGUUGUCCGUCUGGAGAUUCCCCCAGCUUGGUUUACACCAACGCAAGUGAGAAAAAGACCUCCUGAAGUGACUCUACCCUCGGUGGAUGUGUAUUACUCAGUUAUACCAGUAGAAGGGGCUGGUCAGGAGUGUCCCUUCAUUGUCAACGAGCCAUGGAGAGGUCAGAGCGCAAAUGUCGGGCCUCUUGGAGGUCUGGGUAUGGGCCUCGGGGGACAGUGGAGCCCCCUAGUGGAUGGGGGUCUUCAGGACAUGCUGAAAGCUGGUUCUGUGGUCAUGACCAUGGGUCCGGUUUCUGCCAAAGGAGAAAGACUGAGACUGGAUGAAAAUGUGGAGGUUCUGGUGCCGCCCAGCCCAGUCCGGCUCGGCAAGACGGUGGCGUUUGGUAUCUACAUGAGGACAGAGUCAAACACAGAACAGUUUACAUUGAGGGUGUGGUUCCAGUCAGGCAUCAACUUCCUGGCUGUGAAACCCAGCAACCUUGUUGCGUGGGAGAUCAAACAGGAAAUGGCACCGGGAAGCAGUUCGUUGGCGGUGAUGUGUCAGAGGAAGGCCUCCUCCACAGCAGAGAGAUUGGAAAACCCGUCAUAUGAGGUGAUGCAGCUGGACUUUGAGGUGGAUAACGUGAUCAACCUGGUGCCAACCCAGACUCUACACUGGAACGUGGAGUACCCGGCCGGCACACAGACAAUUUCCAGGCAAACAGAGAAAGUCUCACACCUCUACAUCAGCAACGCUGACAUACAGGGCAUCGUACCGCUGGCUGAGGACACAGAAGUGGUGAACACGGCCAUCCUUACAGGUCGGCGUAUCGCCGUGCCCAUCAAAGUAGUUACCGUGGAAACCGACGGGCAGGUGAGGGAAGUGGACGACUCGGUCACCUGCAGCUCAACAGACGUGGACGUGGUCAAGGUAUCCCCAAACUGUGACCAGGUCUUGGUGAACGGUAAAGAAAUGCGUGGCCGGCAGUCUUUGGCAGUCAACUUCACCUACCUGCACCUAUCUGCUCAGCUGCAGCUCACCGUCUGGGUUCCCAAGCUUCCUUUGCAGAUAGAUGUGUCAGAUACUGAGCUGAGCCAGGUCAAAGGCUGGAGGGUCCCAAUCAUCACUAACAAGAGACCUACCAGAGACAGUGAAGAUGAUGAGGAUGAUGAGAAGAAGGGCAAAGGCUGCACCCUACAGUACCAGUAUGCCUUGGUGCGGGUCCUCACCCAUUUUGUUGCAGAACCCUCUGACCCAGGAGGAGAGAUGGUUUACAUGUUGGGUGCAGACUGGCAAGCUGAUAUCACUCACUUGGUCCUGGACCAGCUAAAGGUGGAAGAUCCUCGCAUUGCCAGACUGAUAGAUGGACGAAUUUUGAUAGGGCGGGACUUGGGGAUCACCACUAUACAGGUUCUUUCCCCGCUGUCUGACUCUAUACUUGCAGAGAAGACUGUGACCGUGUUGGAUGACAAGGUCACUAUCACAGACCUGGGAGUCCAGCUGGUUGCAUCUCUGUCCCUCAGUAUGACAGCGAGUCCUGGAAAUUACCAGGCUAUCCAGCUAACGACCACAGCUACAGACCUGCUACACACACCAAAACAGGAAGCUGCGAUCAGUGCAUGGAUCCAGUACAGUGACGGCUCAGUGACUCCGCUUGAUAUUUAUGAUCCCAAGGACUUCCUCCUCUCAGCUGUCUCAUUGGAUGAGAGUGUCAUCUCCAUAACCAAUCAGGAACAGCACUGGCCAAUUGUGGUAGCAGAAGCUGAGGGACAGGGCCCACUGGUUCGCGUAGAGAUGGUCAUUUCUGAGACCUGUCAGAAGUCCAAAAGGAAGAGCGUGCUGGCAUCUGGAGUUGGCAACGUGUUAGUGAAGUUUGGAGCAAAGAGCGAGGAAAGAGGGGAGACGGGAAGAGGUGGGCAGGAGGACGGAGGAGGGAUGGACAACAGCACCAGCGAGCACCGAACAAAGGACGGAGGAGAGUGGAAGUCCAACAGUGCAGCCGUGGAUCGAGAGGAAGGAGCCAUGAGGAAGGUUAGCACAACAACCAAGAGCACAGUCACCCAUCGUGCUUCAGGUGGUAAAGCUGCCAAUGGAGGCAGCAGCAGCAGCCGAGGCAGUGGCCCAGGCCAAGCAGGAGAUUACAGUAGCUACCCAGCACAAGUUGAAGUACCAGGGACCGGGGACAGUGAGCUGAGCCACACCACCAGAGGCCUGUCCGAUCUGGAGAUUGGGAUGUAUGCCCUCCUGGGGGUUUUCUGUCUGGCAAUACUGGUCUUCCUCAUCAACUGUGUCAGCUUUGCUUUCAGAUACCGUCACAAGCAAGUCCCCGUUCUGGAGACAGGUGGCAACAUGAACCACGCCCACGACUGGGUGUGGCUUGGAAACGAAGCUGACCUUUUAGCCGACCACUCUGACCAAUGCCAGGGAGGGCUGCCAGAUGAGUGCACCACCAUCAUUGACCGGAAUGAAGGAGGAUAUGAGGAGAACAAGUACCUGCUGAACGGGGCCGGUGGACACCGGGGCAUCACCCACGGACAAACCUUACCCAGAUCUGUCCCAGAACCGCAUCAGUGCCUUUCAGCAAUCACUACUGGUGGCAAAGAUGCCACCGGCCAAGCGGAGCAUCUGAAUAAUUCCCCCCGAGCCACGGCCGCCGCUGCAGUCGCAGCUGCCAAACGCAAACGCGUCAAGUUUACGUCUUUUGCCACUGUUCUGCCCAAUGAUAAUUCGGGCGGGGGUGGCCCGUACACCAACUCCUCAGUCCUGGUGAGCAAUGGGAGCGAGGAUGACAUCAAGUGGGUGUGUCAGGAUAUGGACCUGGGUCAAUCUGAAAUCAGAACCUACAUGGAGAGGCUACAAGACAAUCUGUGA